CAAAUAUGGCCGCAUGGAAAUUUGACAGCGGCCUCUAACCUGAAAGUUUUGAAACGAUUAAACAAAAUAAAAACAUGGUGUUAGUGUAAAAAUUGUAGUGAAUUUUCUCAUAUGAAGUUUUAAAUUUUGUUACAUAAUAAAUAGUUACGCAUAAUUUAACUCAAAUCAAGACUAUACCCGUCUACAAUCAAAAAAAUAAGCGACGUCGUAAAAUAAAGAAAACCAUCUACUUUCAAGCUCUUUUCGGGUCACAAUGACCAACAAGCAGGCAUGUCAAAUUAUACUUUUGACGGAGUUACCAUGGAUGCCACUAAAAGGAAGCCGGACGACAACAACGCUCGGUACAAAUGCGAAUAUGAGGGGUGUGACAGGACGUACAGUACUGUGGGAAAUUUACGGACACACAUGAAGACACAUAAAGGUGAAUACAGAUUCAAAUGCAACAUACAGACUUGUAACAAGGCCUUUCUCACAUCGUACAGCCUGAAGAUCCACCUCCGUGCUCACACCAAAGCGAAACCCUUUGUGUGUACUAUUGGCAACUGCAAGAAAGCUUUUAAUACAUUAUACAGAUUGCGAGCCCAUCAAAGACUGCACAGUGGCGACACCUUUAACUGCAAAGCGGAGGGGUGCGCCAAAUUCUUUACCACGCUUAGCGAUCUAAAGAAACACAUCCGAACUCACACUCAGGAGAGACCUUAUAAAUGCAGAACAGAUGGUUGCGGAAAAUCGUUCACCGCGUCGCAUCAUUUGAAAGCACAUGCGCGCACGCACUCCGCAUCGAGGCUUUUGGCGCCAACAAUUACGAUCGGUCAAAAACAGAUAAAUUCCGUCAAUGCAGAUAUCGCCAAAGUCAACGAGUCCAUUGUAAGUCUUCCUGAACAGCCCACGCCACCUAAAGUUGGCCACGAGUGGACCAACUGGGAUGGUCUGCUAGAAUCCUUCGGGAGAAUCACUACAGAAUCAAACUCCACUGAUGGCAGCCUAGAAGAUAUAACUAGAGUUAAUAUAACUAAUAACGUUGACAUAACAGAAUUAUUAUUUGAUAACACUACUAACAACACUAAACCAGUAGAAACUAACACUUUACCAGUAGAGUACGAUUUGACUACAUUCGACAAUAUAGCACCAUUCAAAGUUGAUGAUAAGAAAAAUACAGAUACUUGGGAGAAUAUUUGUAAUUUUGAACCUAAUUUAGAUGUAAAUGAUAAAAUUAAACCUAAAGCUAUGCAACUAGCGUUAGCCAACGAAAUAGAAGUGCAAGCGCCGUGGGUUGAUGUAAGCGCUUUGGCGGCAUCUAUAUCAGAAACUCCAGUUAGUAUAAAAGAGAAAAUACCAGAGAGCAUAUUCACUCUUGCCACUUUCGUUCCUACUCAUAUGCAGAGUUACAUAGAUUUAACUCAAGAAAUUGCUCCAACCGCAAACCUUAUGUCACAAAAUUCCUUCGAUUUAGACGGCACGGCAAAUUUAAUUGAUUCAGAAGUAAAAAUAUUCGAUGAUACAGAAUUGGUUCAAAAUUUAGAUGCAAAUAUUGAUUUCUUGAAAGAUGACGAAAGAUCUCUAAAUACCCCUCCGCCGAGUAAAGUGCAACAGAAUAUUGAAAUUAAUCCAUCCAAUUCUGUGCUAUUCAAUACAGAUUUAGCGUUAGAAGAUACUUUAUUGUUUGACAAUGAACCUCCUUCCGACAUGUAUGUUGUUAGAACUGAGAAUAUAUUUGGUAAGGAAAUAGCUAAGCGCAAUGCUCUAGAACAGUUAGCGGCCGAUGCGGGAAUAUGCUCUUGUUCAGAUUGUAAAUGCGACCCGUCUGAUGGGGAAUGUAGAAACUGUGCGACUGAAGCACAGGGAUGCGCAGAUGAUCAAUGUUCGUGUGUUGAUUGCAAGUGUAACCAUGCUGAAAUGAAAUGUGCGGUCGGGUGCGGCAGGGCCACUGAUACAAACCACAACACGUUUUUGCAUUAUCAUAGACGGCAUAAUAAUUCAAAUUUAGAAGAUUUAGGUGUUUUCACGCUUCACGAGUGCGAUGAACACAAACCCACAAUACCUGAAGGGUCUAGUACAGAAAUUUUGAACACUUUGAAAUGUUCUUGCAAAGGUGAGACGUCGAACGAAAGCAACGUCGAUUCGAGCGUCAAAGAAAAUUGUUGUGGUAAAAACGAUUCGAAAUCUUGUUGCGUGACUAUCUGCUUCAAAAAACUGGACGCAUUCAAACAAUUUUUGACGGAUAAUAAUCUAGUCGAUGCCUUAAAAAUGCAUAACUUUAAUUUGGCUACUAGCUUAUAACGCAAGUCUUGAAUAGAUGUUUUUUUGUUGUACUUAAAAUUGGGAAUAGCACAGAAAAAAAAACAAUGUGCAACAAACAACAAACAAUUGCGUUAUCUGAAUAGGGUUGUAUUAAAAAAACGAAAAUUCCUUUGCGUUCCAGUUGUGGCAAUUUUGUGUUAAGGCUUAGUAAUAGUUGCUUCAUAAACCUGCAUUUAAUUUGUACAAAGCAUUGUUCCUGCAUUAUUUUGUUCGCUUUUAGAAAUAGGAAAUUAAGUGUUGAUUUUACAUAUAUGUAUUGCAAGUUUACAGGGUGUCACAGAGAGGAGAAAUAUUUUUUAUAUGAACUAUGUAUGAAACACGAAAAAAAUAAAACAAAUACAAUGGUAGUUUAUAUGAAAAUUUAAGAAUGUGUGGUGACUCACACGUGUUUUUGGUAAAUAACAAGAAAUUAUAAACUGCCUCAGAAAAUGGUCUUAAAAAAGAUAUCAAACUAAAACUAAGAAAUAAUACAACAUUGUUAAUUAUAUUUGCCUAGAUUUAAAUCUAGCAACAUCGAAACAUUGCAUACCUAAAUUUAUUAUAAAUUAAAAAUCAAAGGCCUUUUUAAAGUUUUGGUAAGCAUAAUGGAUCAAUUAUCAUCUAAGUAAAAAUAUGUCAGUAUUUUUAUGAUACGCCAAAGUUUGUGCAAUAUUAUUAUCAUAAUCAUAAUUUAAUAUUUAUCAAAUUUAUCUCUUGAUCAUGUUGAUUGUUUAGUUUUUAUUGUUUUUUUUUGUAGAAUUAUUAUUUAUCAAGGAUUUCAUUUGAUUUUGUUGUAAAUACAAAAAAUAUAAAAAUGCGUUUAAAUAUAUACAUAUUUAAUUCAUUGGUAAAUCAUCUUUUUUUAAAUGUAAGUUGUUUUUUUUUACAUUUAUACAAUUAUGUUGACUGUCAUUUAAAUACAUUUCUUAGAAUCCUUAUUUCAAAUACAAAUUCAUUUUCUGAAUAUUCAAUGUGAGUAUUAAGCACUUGUUAAUUAGGUACUUCAUCUCAUUUCGUGACCACCUUUUGAUUGACUUGUGGAGUCACACAGAAAGUGCCAUACUUAGUUGUGUCGAAAUUUCGAUAUUUUCGUAAUAUUGGUGCUAUUUUGUAUACAGUUGAUAAACUAUUUAAGUGAUAUUUGUGCCUUAAAUGUUGUUAUGUACUUAUUGAAUUGUACAAGCGUUGAAUAAUGUUAUACGAGAUAUCUAUACGAUAAGCUUAGAGUAUUUACUUUAAAAGUAAUGACAAUAAUUGAUUUAGCCCUGUCGAUCCGUGCAGGUCUUUUGUAUAAGUUUUUUUUUUACAGGUGUUAACGAUGUUGCCAUGUUAAACGGUAACUUAUAUGGCAACACUUACACGUAUCGAUUGUCAUUGUCGCUCGAUCGAUUGUCUUGCCAUUUCUUCGGAUCUGUUAAAUAUUGGAAAAUUAAAAAAAAAAAUAUCUUAAAAAACUGUUAACGUUAUUUAUUAAGUUUUUUUUUCAAUCUUGUCACUGAUGUAGGUACUUAUGGUGUAACAUACUUUUUCGGAUCGCACAAGGUAUUGUUCUUUAUUUUCGAACUAGGUCCGUAAAAAUAAAGGAUGGAUUCAAAGAUAAUAGGCGCUGCCUUAUAUUCGUAUCCGCCAUACAAAUAACUUGAAAAAUAGAGUGACAGUGAGUACAAUUUUUUUUUGUUAUAUUUAUUUCCUAACUAUAUCUGGCCGCUUCAUUAUCUUUCACCGAAUCCAUCCUUACAUCUUGUAUGGACCCUAAAUGGAUAUAAACUUAAAAUUUUGCUGUAAGUUUCUAGUCCACGUAACAAAUAAAAAGCUUUAUGAAUUUU